CGCCCACUUUUAACUGCAGGACGUUCUCUCGGCACCAUCUUUGAUCACAAGAAGGUCGUCUGUGCGCCACUCUUCUACCGAAAACUUCGCUUUUAACCCAUAAUAUCAAAUAAUGGCUCCUCCCACUUAUGGUGAUCUUGGAAAGGCUGCCCGCGAUGUUUUCGGCAAGGGCUACCACUUCGGCGUCCUGAAACUCGACGUUAAGACCAAAACUCCCACCGGCAUCGAGUUCAGCUCAGGAGGCUCUCACAAUGUCGAGUCUGGCAAGGUUGUGGGAACCCUUGAGAGCAAGUACAAGAAGUCGGAGUAUGGAAUGACCUUCACUGAGAAGUGGAACACAGACAACGUCGUCGGUCUGGAAUGGUCGGUGCAGGACCAGCUGGCUAAAGGACUCAAGCUUUCAUUGGAGUCUAGUUUCGCCCCUCAGUCUGGCAAGAAGUCUGCCAAGGCUAAGACCGAAUACAAGCACGAAAUCCUUUCCUCCAACUUUGACGUCGACCUUGACACGGGAGCACCAGUCAUCCACGGUGCUUCAGUUUUCGGUUACAAUGGCUGGCUAGCCGGCUACCAAAUGUCUUUUGACACUGCCAAGUCAAAGUUGCUUAAAAACAACUUUGCCGUUGCAUAUGAAUGCAAGGACUUCGCGCUGCACACCACUGUAAAUGACGGCAACCAGUUCAACGGAUCCAUUUACCAGAAGGUUGAUAGCAACUUGGAAACUGGAAUUCAGCUUUCCUGGGCUGCUGGAUCGGCUAGCAACACCACCUUCGGAAUUGGCUGCAAGUACAACCUGGACAAGGACGCUUCUCUCCGUGCUAAGGUCAACAACAGCUUCCAGGUUGGCUUGGGCUACCAGCAGAAGCUGAGGGAUGGAGUGACCCUAACUCUUUCCACUCUCAUCGACGCCAAGAACUUCAAUCAGGGCAGCCACAAGGUUGGCUUGGGUUUGGAGCUGGAAGCUUAGGCAGUUUGAUGUUAAGAAAUCUCCUCCGAACGCAGCCUAAAUUUCAAAUCAGUCUGUAUGAGGGAAUUCAGCAAGAUUGACGCAAGUAUUAGGACACAAGAAAUCUCCCUUACAUCGUGUUUGUUGUGCCCUAAGUUAAGGAAUUAGCCCAACGAGGGGGAGAGUAAAAGAAAAGUUGUAGCCCUGCUGUUAAAUAAAUCAAUGCUUAAAACAUGUUAAAACA